AUGCCAAAAUCGUUUCCAGAAGUGCAGCCCGGAGGGAGCCUCAUUCUUGCGUGGCAAGUCAAGGACAAGAACGUUUUGGUUGUCGGCGGUGGCGAGGUUGCCGCAGGCCGCAUCCUCAACUGCCUCAAUGCCGACGCCAACGUCACCGUCGUAUGCCCUGCCGCCGGUCUGAACAAAGAAGUCGCCCACCGCGUUGCAGAGAAGCAAGUCACACACAUCAACCGUGUCUUCGAACCGUCCGAUCUCGAUAAUGCGGUCAUGGUGCUCGUGGCCAUUGACGACCCCGAUGCGUCAACAGUCAUCUGGAAGUUGUGCAAGGAGAGGAAAAUCCCAGCCAACAUCGCAGAUGUACCGCCAGAGUGUGACUUCUACUUUGGCAGCGUCCACAGAGACGGUCCCCUACAGAUCAUGGUCAGCACCAACGGCCGUGGACCUCGGCUUGCAGCGACCAUCCGCCGCUUCAUUGCCAGCAAGCUCCCCAACAACGCCGGCAAUGCCAUCGACGUCAUUGGUGAACUGCGUGCCAAACUCCGAAGAGUUGCUCCCAAGGUGGAAGACGGCCCAAAGAGAAUGCGCUGGAUGUCUAAAGUGAGCGACACUUACAAGUGGGAAGAAAUGUGCCAGAUGACAAACGAAGAUCUGGAAAACCUGCUAUUAUUCUAUCCCGCUAACAAAGCUCCAUCUAUGGAUAUUAUCAAGUCCCUGCGAGAUGUACGGGAUGUUGAGGCGCUCGAUGUUUUUGAAGGAUCAACUACUUGCAAGGAGUCCUCCCUGUGGCGCAUGAUGGCGGAUCAGGAUGUUACCACUUCGGAUACCUUCUCCAGCGAAAGCCCAAUCGUCGAUGAUGUGAUCCCACCCUUUUUCAACACCACAUUCUCAACACAUCGAGUCUCGCCGCUAUUUAUUGGAGCGCAACCUCUGGAUCAGAACCGACUUGAUCUGCUCGCCCACCGCUUGCGAGAUACUCUUGUGGGGGACGUCAUUCGCGGCAUUCAAAUCGGACUGGAGUCUCUCGAGACGCCCGCCGGACAGGUUGGGCCGCUGCGCUAUGUGAAGUUCCGCUGGUUCUCGCCUUCGGACGUGCUAGGUGACCGAGAUGUUCUUGACGACGCCCCUGAUCGCGCAAAAGGCGAGGCGAGCGACAACUCGGACAAGGGCCUCUGGGUGGAGAUUCGACACGAGAACGCGGCCUACGUCGCUCUUCUGUUGCCUGGAUACACAACGCUCAACCCGGCCUCCUCAGUCAGGCCAUCAGAUUGGGCUAUGCGACCUGGAAGGGCAGCCACGGAUAAUGUGGUUGACGAAACAAGAUUUCUCAAUUUGCCUUUGCUUUUGCUACGCAUGCCGCAAGCGCUCAAGCACGUCAUCGGCGACUGGCUCUCCACGACAUUCGAUUGCCGCGUCAGCAAGCUCUCUCUGGGGACAAAAACGAUUGUCAACAUCUGGGAAGGGUGGAUUGAGACUAUGGGCCUGACCACCAAGGGCCCUGACUUUGUCGUCACGCUGGCUUUCAACGCACCGCUUCGCGACAGCGGGGGCGACCUGGACUCUGAUUCUGAUUCGGACGCGGAGCAGACGCUGGAGCCGGGGCUGCGCAGCAUGAGCGUAGCGAUGGCGCCUCACGACCUCCGCCGCUUCCUACGGACGGGUGAGCGGCUGCGGCCGGAGAAUAGCGGCACGCCCGCCCUGUGGGAGAAAGACGCACGCGAGCGACGGCGCCUGGCCGGUGGCAACAUGGAUGACGGCUGGGCCUGGAGGAGCGCAACAAGCACCGGAGACCAGCCCUUCACGGCGGCGCUGGGGCGGUACCUGCAGCACCACCUAGGCCUGAACAUGUUCCACCCCAGCGUGCGGGUCGUCCAGAUCUCCUGCGCCGGGUUUGUGCUCGCGCAGUCGCGGCUCAAGGUUCUCCGUCGCGGAGACUUGACGGAUGAUUUGUCCCGUGCAGCAUGGAUGUUUGCGACUCAGCUCGGUGGAAGGAUACGCGGAGAUGAGCUGCCCUCUGUUAUCCCAACACCUGUACCUUGA